AGGUAAAAUAUCGAACUUCAAUCUAGUUCAAGAAAAGAAAAAGCGAUUUUUUUCCGCUUCUGAAGGUGGUAAGUAACUUUAACUCCGUUUUUCGCCGGUCGACGUAAUUUAAGUUGACGAGUUAUUACGAAUCACCACGGGUUCCUUCGUGCACGUGUUGUCAAGAUCGGUCAGCGGGAAAGUGAGGGGAAUACUCCAGCAAGGACAUUGUGGUGGUUUUAGCUGGUUUGCUGUCAUGGCUGAGUUAGAACUGAAGAAUGACAUUCCAGAAGCCAAAAAAUCCUUAAUUUCAACUAAGAUAGGUACACACAAUGGAACCUUUCACUGCGAUGAAGCCCUUGCUUGCUUUAUUCUGAAACAGCUUCCAGAGUAUAGGCAUGCUGAUAUUGUCCGGACCAGAAAUCCGGAACAGCUUGCAAAGUGUGAUGUUGUGGUGGAUGUUGGGGGUGUGUAUGAUCCAGAGAAACAUCGAUAUGACCACCAUCAAAGGAGCUUUACAGAUUGUAUGAACACUCUCUGUUCGAGUAAACCAUGGGUGACAAAACUUAGCAGUGCCGGGCUGGUUUAUCUCCAUUUUGGACAUCGGUUGAUCUCACAAGUGUUAAAAUCCAAAGAAAAUGAUGCUGUGACAGAUAAGAUUUACGACAAAAUCUAUGAAAAUUUCAUCCAGGAAAUUGAUGCUAUUGAUAAUGGAAUCAGUCAGUGUGACGAUGAACCACGGUAUUGCAUUACAACAAACCUGAGCUCUCGGGUUUCACAUCUUAAUCCAACCUGGAAUGAUACAAAUCCAAAUCCUGAGCUACAAUUUCAAAAGGCUGUGAAUUUAGUUGGAGAGGAGCUGUUGAAGAGAAUUUGUUAUUACCGGGAUGCAUGGCUUCCAGCAAGGAGUUUGGUAGAAGCAGCCAUAAUGAAAAGAAAAGAGGUUGAUCCAAGUGGAGAGAUCAUUGAGCUUCAAGGAGGGGGUUGCCCAUGGAAGGAGCACUUGUUUGAAUUAGAGAAGGACUUGAACAUUGAUGUACCAAUAAAAUUUGCCAUAUACACAGACCAAAACAACAACUGGAGGGUGCAGUGUGUUUCAGUGCGUCCUGAUUCCUUUGUUAACAGACUUAGCUUGUUAGAAGAAUGGCAUGGAAUAAGAGAUGAACAGCUCAGUUCUGUAAGUGGAAUAAAAGGAUGCAUAUUUGUUCAUGCUAGUGGUUUCAUUGGAGGAAAUGAGACAAGAGAAGGAGCUCUAGAAAUGGCAAGAAGGACUCUACUGCACCGAGACAGCUUUGCAAAUGGAAAGUGCAACUCUGAUCCAGAACUAAUGCUAGUUGAAAACAAAGAAAAAUAACAUUGUACUUGCUGAGUGAAAAUAUAAAAAUACAAUGUCAUCUGUGUAAUACUUUGCCAUUAUUGAUGUGUGUGGUGUUAAGACUGCACCUUGUUUAAGAAAGUUUCUAAACAACCACUAACAAAAAACAUACAUUCACCAUGGAAUUGUAUGUUUUGCUGAAAGAGGAACCUUCAUGAAGUAAGCCUGUGUGGCAGCUUUUAUUUAAAGAAAAAACUUUCCUCAUCAACCUACUUCACAAAAUGUGAAUGUCAAUUUAUUUUCUUUAUUUUGAAAGAGAAAAGAGACUCACAGAUGUAAAUAAAUUAUGAAUAACAGCUCUGCUCCUAAAAGUGAUGAGCAUCUAAUUUUUCCCAACAGUAUCAAUCAAACAUUUAGAUUAGGAGAAUAAAGAAAAUGAUUGCAAAC